CGAGAAGACAGAUGCUGAGGCUGUUAACGUCGGGGAGAGAGAUUCACAUUCACACGGACUGGGAUGUGAAAGAGCCCGACGAGAUGGAGACCUUCAUCCAUCUUUACAGGAAUCUGAUCGAUCUUGGGAGUCAAGCCAAGAUGUGACCGUCACGGCGCGUCAUAGUUUGGAUCUGUCCUGCCUUUACAACACUUGUUUCUAUAGCAACAGAAAUAUCAGAGCAUCCUAAAAAGCCUCAUUCCCACAAUGCAGUCCUCUAGCUGCUCCUCUCAGCCCCCAAAGCCGCGGCGCUUUGACGCCAGCAGGCGGGCCAAUACGGUAGCUGGACCAAAGUCUCAUGGCCCUGGUUUCCAGAGGGAGGAUAAAAACAUGAACACAAUCACCACGUCCUCCCCACGCCGGGCUACUAAAGGCCCCGCUGCACCCACCAGGACCAGGGUGGGCGUGCAACCCCGAGCGCCAGUAAGUCAGUCCAGGUUUAGCUCACAAAAACAGGGUCCCACCAUCUCCAAAUCUGCUAAGCCCAAACCCAAGAGUGCUCGUGCAUCAGCUGCAACCAAAAUCGCACCAGCAGCCGCUCCACCUCCGCUUCCCUCUGUUCUCCCUCUUGACCCAAACUGCAACGAGCCAAGCCUCCCGUGUCUGUGCUGCGAUGGCCGCUCCCCACAGGACAACAACAGUAUGUUUAAUCAUAACCACAACAACAACAACACCAUCUCUAUCAGACAGCAACUGCAGCUACCGCCUCCUCCGGCCCCGUUGCCCCAGAGGCAGGAUGGGAAAGGGGCCAAGGAGCAGCCUCAGCCUCCCUCCCAAGCAAAGGCCCAGCUGGAGGCCUCCGCCCAUCCUGCUGCCAGUCUGGAAAAUGAAGGCAAGAAUGCAGACAAAAGUGCUGAUCUAGACAACAAGAAAAAUGUAAAAGUAGAGGACGAAGACGACGAGGAAGAGAGCAGUGGGGAUAUUGACAUUGAUGAUGAUGAAGAGGAGGCUGACAAUGAUGAUGACGACGACGAUGAUGAUGACACCCUGGUCCCCUCAUGCUGUGACUGUCCCCCCUCCCUCCUGGAGUUCUCGCUCUCCUCUUCUACCUCCUCAUCCUCCACUUCCAUCAGCUCCUGCUCUGAUCUGGAGUCUGACUGUGCAGAUCAAUCCGCCUCCAUCUGCUCUUCCCACGACCAAGACAAUCUAUCUGUCGCUCUGUCCCCCAAAGAACGCUCUCUCCCACAAGCCCCUGAAUGCCAGCCUCCUGCGCGUUCGCCCCCAUCACUCCCUCUUAGCCGCAAUCCCUUCGUCUUAACAUCGCAUUCCCCAAUUCCCCCUUGCUCCCCAGAUGAGGGCUACCCCUCCGCCCUGGACUCCCCUUCUCCUGACUAUUUGGGAGUCAAAGGUGAUUCUGAGGUCACAAAACUUGGUUUGCUUGACUUCCUAGAAUCGGUUGGGGAGUUUGGGAAAAUGGAGCGCUUCAGCCAGGUGAUCCAAGUGGCUCGUUGGGAUCUGGAGGGGGAACAGCACUGGGAUGUUCUGAGGGAUCGGCUCGAUCACCUGGAUCGCUUGGAGAAGGUGAACAGGGAGGUCAAACUGGCCUACAUAGCCAGACUCCAUGAGAAGGGAUUUGAUCUUGGAGAUCUGGAAGAGCAGGAUCUCUCUGAUGUCAUGGACGAAAUGGGCAACAUCGACAUUCCAUGGAAGUUGUAUAAAAGCGGCAGAGGAGCGAUGGGAGACUCUCAGGAGUUCUCAGAUGCAGGGGUCGACCUCACGGCUCCGUCAGACUGCGAGGAUCCUCUCGCUCCAGAUUCCCUCACCCCUUCUCCUGUUGAGCCGCCACCUAGACCCCCCAAACCUCCAGCGCGUCACGCCAGCGUCAGCUCUGACCUCCACACCUACAUCAAUAUCAGCAGGGAGACCACCUCCAUGGCCGUCUCCACCUCUCCUACACUGUCUACCUUCUCCCCAAACUCCACAUCCCCAACAUUCACCACUUUUAGAUGUGAGAAACCCCUACCUCCAUCUCCACCCUCUAUUCCUCCUCUCCCCACCUCUAAACCAGUCCCUUACCUCACCCUUUACACCACCCCUUCUCCACCCCCAGCUAUCCCCACCCCAACUCCUCCCAUCCCUCCCCCUCGGAAGCGCCACCUUGCCAGGAAGGAGGCCCAGCGGCUCGCUGCUCUUCAAGCCGCCGAACAGGAAAAGACCCCCCUUUCCCUUCCUCCUCCCACCACACGUCCUCCACCUCUGCCUCCUCCGCCAGUUAUUUCAAUCUCCUCCUCAACUCCACCUGCCAUACCACCUCCACCUGCCCUGCCUCCUCCCCCGUCCUUCCAUGCUUUAGAUGUAGAGAUUCGGAAGCUGUUGAUGCUCGCUGGAUUGACCCAAGCUGAGCUCCUCAAACUCAGCCCAGAGCUCGGUGUUUGUGUUGGAGGGUUGGAGGACGAGGGAGAUGGAGAUCAUGUCAUCUCGUCCAGGUCUGUGGAGCCACACGAGUUCAGACUAAAAGAGAGGGAGGAGAAGGAGUUUGACGGAUGGAGCAGUAGAGGCAAGUUGGAUGGAGAUUGUAGAACAGAUAUUGCUGAAGAGGGCAAAAAGAAAGAAGAGAGCACACAGAGAACCACCUCGUUCACUGAGAUGGCGAGGAGAAGGAAGAGGAACAGUGGUCUGACCUCCGACCUUUACUACAGCACUGGUUUUAGCAAUACACAUGAAACUAAAGCAAAGAAUAUGAGCUUUGAGUCUUUCCGGUAUCCCUCCGAGGUACCGGAUUCCCCUCCCCCUCCUCCUCCCCCGCCUCGCCCCUUACCACCAAUCCCCCCAUCUGUGCCCCCCCACAAAGUCAGCACUCUCCAGGCUAACUCUGCACAGCCUGAGCGAUUUGAUUGGCUCAUAGCAUUCACACCUGACUGUGAUAACCCACCGCAGCCUCCACCGCUGGCAAUGAGAAAAUCUCACGUGGAAACUCAAAAGAAGUCCAGCUCGUCAGGGUCAACUCCGGGGUCAGCUCCAAAGGUCACGACUUUUAAAGAGCUGCGCUACCGCAACAAGAACGCCUUGCCCCCGACAAAGGUGAUCACCGACCCGGACCCUGACCCCACAGUUAUCACCCCAGAUCCAGAUAUAUUGUACAACCUGAGGUGGAGAAGAGAGAAGCAAGGCGGCGACGGCAACCAAUGGGAGUACACCUCUCAGGCUCAGGCCUUCUUCAUGCAGCCGCCCCCAGCCCUCACCUCAAUGGCUGCUCUGAAGGAAAUGCUCCAGAGAGCUGAUGAGGAGGGGAGACAACCGGAGCUGUGCCCAUCACAGAAGAUUGGCUGCUCGGUCAGUGACAGCAGCCUGUGGACCAUGGGCAGAGAGUGGGAGGGUGAAGAAGUCAAGAGGGAGGAAAAGGAAGGGAAAGAGGAAGAGGAGGAAGAGGUGGAGGUGGAGGUGAGAGGACGAGCCGAUGGAGAAAGGACUUUUGAAACAAGAACUUCAGUUUCCUCCCCCCCACUGUCCCUCGCCCAGCCCUCCCAACCCUACUUCCUCCACGCUGCCCUCCCUCCUCCCUACCGCCCAGGCUACUGUAACUCCCAGCCCCUUGCAGAUCCCAGACCCCACAGCCAUGUAGGCAGGGAGUCCACAGACGGACGAUGUAGCACACAGUGGGCACCUGCUGCCAGCUCAGCUUCUAUCCACAGAGAUGAUUCCAGCACUGAGAUAAGCUCCAGCUUUAACUAUGAAUCCCUGGCUGAUUUUGGUGUAGACUCUCCUUGUGAUUUUGGGAAUAACUAUAACACACACUUUGCAUCUGACUCUAUCUGUAAUUUUGAUUCCCUCUACUGCAGCGACUCAGAGACACACACCAAGUCACCUGUUAGUGGCCCCACAGAGGCUCCAGGCUGCACCACCCCGUAUAAGAACAUAGAUGUCAUGAUGACAUGUUCAAACAGUCCGAAGGAUUCGCUGUACUCAGAGAAGCACUCGCACGCAGACCACAACAGCAACAAGGCCAGGACAUAUAAAGAGCUUCCCCCUCUCCCCACAUAUUACCUGUACCACCCUAAAAACUGCCCGCUGCACAGGGGUGCCCCUCCUCGCCUCUCCCCUAUCGGAGCCCUCUCCCCUCCCCAGCGCUCUGGAGCGCCCCCUCCAGGCGCCACAGGCUCCUCCCUCAGCUCCCCGCUUUUCCCCCGCUCUCACACCUUGCCUGCCCUUGCUGCUCCCCUCUACUAUCCAAACCUCUACCCUCCUAUACCGCCCAGGGCGCCCCCCCUACCCCCAAAACUCUACCAGGCUCCUCCGCAGUCACGCGUGGCGACUGUUCGCAGUGUCUCAUUCGCUGGCUCUGUACAGAGGACAGAGACGUCCUGGAUGGGCGAAGAUGUGAAGCAUCCAAUGAGAGGUCUGGGCCUGUCCUCUCUGUGCCUGCAGGAAAAAAAAGCUCUUGUCAGUGCGGUCAGUGUGGCAGUGGAAGCCAUCUUGGCCCAGUUCAGCUCUUCCAGGACUGUAGUUCAGAAGUCUCUCUCAGUUAACAAGUCAUCCUUUCUGUUCUAUUCCCCUGUCCCUCCCUAUCACUGCACAUCGUCCUCCUCUCCCUUCCUCUCCUCUCCCCAUCCUCAGGCCUUAUCAGGAGACAGCACCAUAAAUCCAUCUCUGGGCCGUCUGGUGCUGCAGUGCCUCUGCCCUGCCCUGCACAGCUUGCUGACCGACGGCUUGAAACCCCACCAGAGUGACCUGAUUGCAGGCAGGAGGCCAAAUUCCGCCUGGGGUCUGGUCCAAGCCUCAACUAGGCCAGGUCCUAAAACUCAAGCAUUGUUCAACCUACAAGAUCGUGUUGGAGAGCUGCCGCAGCUCAGACAGAGCAAACACAGGUUCAACGCUUUCCUCCUUGGCUUACUGAACACCAAGCUCCUUGAUUUCUGGCUGUCUCACCUUCAGUCUUGCAGUGAUGUGCUGGAGACAUAUUACCGUCCCACCUCCUUUAUGCGUCUGUCCCUGACCACCUGCCAGCCUCUGUUCGAGGAGCUGCUCCUCGUGCUGCAGCCUCUCAGCCUGCUGACCUUCAACCUCGACCUGCUCUUCCAGCACCACCACUUAGAGCCCGACAGUCACAGUCCAGAGAUUCCCAGUCCACCCUGUCAGGAUGCUGCAUUCCCACAUUCAACAGAGGGGGCCCAAGCCAAACUUACAGGCUGCAGAUACAUCGAAAGCCUGUCAGAGGUGGACUUUGGAAGCCGAGAACAUCGGGCAGCCAAAGAGAAAACAUCACCACUGGGUAAUCCAAAGAACGCAGGAUCAGGGGAGUCGACACACAGCAGCGCUGCACCCGUAAAGGCUUCGGUCACACUCGGGCAGACAAGUCCUCAGCUGCUGUGGGUGCAGGAGAAGGAAAUCGGAGACUUGCCUCCUCCUGAUGUUGAGGAGGACAGCCUCGCUCAGCAGGCAGGACAGGUGAUCCAGCAGGGAUGGGGGGCUAUGAUGCGCUGGGGAGGCAGACUCAGUCAGAACCUGGCUGAGCUGAGCCUGAAGAAGGAGGAGAUGAGGACAGAUCUGCCGGACCUCCAGGCCCAAGCAGGGAGUGAUUUCGCUCCAGUCAGCGGUGGUGCUCAGGUUCCCUGGGGUCUGGGGCGGCUCUUCGGAGCCUCGAAAAGCCCCAACAGCCCACCAGGUCACACACCACCAACAAGGCGUCCCUCUCAGUGGCUGGCUCCUGGUGUCACCGCACUGACCCGAAUGGUGAGCAGCAACUCCACCCCGGUAAUAAGGAGGGCCCCGGAGCCCCAGGGAGCGAGUGAGCCAAAGUCAGAGAAAGACACCGAUACACUGGAGAUGAAGGACAAACCCAGACCACUCAGGUCAGUACGAACGCUCUGUGACCACUCUGGAACGGGCUCGGAGCUCAGCUUCUGCAAAGGGGAGGAACUGGUGGUGUUGGGGGGAGUCGAUCAGGACUGGAUUCGCUGUCGUCAGGGAGACAAAGAGGGGCUGGUACCUAUUGGCUACACCUCCCUCAUCAUGUGACUUCGGCACCAUAACUGCUGCACUCAAUCAAUAAUAAUAAUUUAAAAAAAUCAAAACAAAUAUAUAUAUUUUAGGCGAGUGUUGAGAGGUUAUGGUGAGGCUCCACUACUCUAAGAAGGGAUAUUUCACGCUCGCUCUGUUCAAGUUUGAGUUGACUGCAUAACACCAUCUGUUCUGCUUUACGUGCAUCAGGAGCAGUCUGCAGCCCUCUCCCUUCAUGAACAUAUGGGAGUUUUUCUCCCCAUCACAAUCCAUCCAGUUUGGUAGCAUUAAACUAAUGGAUGUUAGCAGCAGGAAUGCAGCAGAUGGUGUGAAAUAAUGAAGUCAAAUUUGGACCGUUUCAUACUGGAAGACCUUUGAUCUCAGAGUGAAGUAUCCUUUUUAAACAUCCUUUUUCCCAAUUUCUGCCUCCCUUGUCAGCUGCUGAUCUGAAAAUGAUCACAGGGGAAUUUCCGCGCAGUCGACCACUUGCGGAUUCUGGUGCUUUUCAGAUCAGCGGCUGCCUGUCGUGAGGAGGCGACAGCCUGGUAGCAGCCGAGCUGACAUCUCUAGCUGUCAGCCGUGGAGAGCCGCGGCUCGCAGGUUGUCGAGGGGAGAAAGCGUGUGAGAGUAGUGGGGCUGUAGCUCCUGUUGCAUACCGCGUAGUAAUGUAGUGAACUGUAGCUGUGUAGAUCUGUGUUCUAUUGACCUUUCACCCCUAUUGACCUCUCACCUUAUCGCCUGGUUCAUGUGUGUUUGACAUGUUUCUGCUACUAUAUUUGACUGUAUAAAUAUACAUAAAAAAAUCUAUAUAUAGGUAUAUAAAUUGAGAUUGAUAUUACCAAGAUAGAUAGAAAGAUAGAUGAACAAGAGAAAGCAGAUAGUAAAACACAAGCAGCAGCUUCAUACUGUGGCCACAUUGAGGAUGAUUAAAACUCUUUACAUCUGCAACUUUACUCACACAUUAAGUGGUUGUCAUACAUCCAAAAAAAAAAAGUGUUUGUUUUAAGUAUGGAAACCGAUAUCUUUCCUCCUGUGUGCUUCAUGUAUUGCCAUUGUCUUGACAUCAUAUUCAUAACAUUAUUAGAUUUAGCCUCAUACCUUAAACACUGUAUGUUACGUGCCAUGAAUGCUUUGAAUGAAUGCCGGAAAAUAUCUAUCUAUACAUCCCACGCAGUCGUAGAACAUAAUAUCAGACAACAGCAAUCUGUAGCUAAUCUCUCCACUUGUCCAAAACCUUGCAGGGCCAACAUGUGUCGGAGUAAACACCUCACAAAACUAUGCUCAGCUCUUGUUCAAACACUAUCUGACCUUCAAUUUAAUGCAGUGAGAAAAUCCCAGUUGUAUGUAAUGCAUAAACGCUACUGUAAAGUCUGUAGGUCUGGUGGCCGGUCUUCACCUUGUACCUCAGCUUUUGUAUUUAUCUACCAUGUUUGCUCAUCAUAAUCAUUGAUAUUAAUGAUAGUGCUAGUAUUGGUGGAAGUGAUAUGUUGAUUCUAAUGUUGCUUUGUGUCAUAUAUUUAUUAGUUAUUCUCUAGAUUCUGUAUUGAUGACUAUGCAUAUGGUUAAAUGUACAACUGAAAGCCUUUUUUUUUUGGUUUGUUUUAAAGUCAGUUUUGCUUUGAUGUUGACACCUGAAGCCUAAACUAAUUGCUUAACUGGUGAAUAUAAAAGUAGGGAUGGGAAUCGAGAACUGGUUUCAGAUUGGAAUCGUAUUCCUCCAAGCUCGUUCCUUUUAUUGAUACCGGCAUGUUUUUCUUGCACAUUGCAAAACAGUGAUGUCAAACUUGUGCGUCCACGCUGCUGGAAACUUGCAACAACGAGGUCCAAAGUGUGGCUUCAUUUAAAAAAGAGAUGACAACAGUGCUGCUUGUAACGUCAGUAAAAUGAUCAUUUCAAGUUCUAGCGAUAUGCUGGAACAUCCUUGCACACAAGAUGGUCUUAAAUUUCAGGAAUGCCAUGCAUUUGAUGCUACAUGAGUGCCACUGCUUCCAAACCGAGCUGCAUGUCCAUUACAGAGGGUAAAUAUCCUCUGUUAUAAUAACAUUAGCGCCACGCAGGGAGGCUUAGCAAAUUUCUUCUUUGAAAAAGAAAGCACUUAAACAGUGGAGCGGUGUCCUUAAUAUUUUCCUGCCCAGGGUCUGCAGAUGCUAAUUAGCGAUGUGGCUAAUUCUGGCUCAAUAGUUGUGUUGCGCAUGGCCCCUGUUAAAUAAACUAAAACUAAAACCAAGCAGCCACCCUAACUAUAAGAUAAAAUAAAAAUCAUUUCCAUUUUAUAAAAAAGUAAAAUACAACACUUAUUACGCUACUGUCAUGUGUGAAGUCCGGACUGAUCACAAGAGGCCAUUUUGGUCUGCAAAGAUACAUGACAGAGCUCAUUGGCCUUCCAAAAUUUGGAUUGAUGUUUUACUUUAUGGACUGUCCUGGGUGAAAACUAAACAGAGAAGGGUGGGGACACUUUCUUUCUGUUAGCAGCAAGCAGCAUCCUCCAGGGCUGAAAUAUGAAGCGAACACAGAAGUGCCAAAAAACUGCAGUUCCUCAAAUGGCCACUUGAGGCUGGCUCUAAACUAAGUCAAUCCCCGUAGACCCCCGUGUUAAAACACCCGACUUUACAGCAGAAAUAAACAUGUUUGCAGCCUGGUAUUAAAAACAGUUUUGGUCUCUAAAGAUAAUUUCAACAUUCAUGACAAUUGUAAAUUUUUCUUUAGCUCAACUGUUUAUACUUUAUCAAGGCUUAAAGUUACGCAUGAUCAAGGGCGUGGCUGCUUUGAGUGACAGGCUGUCUGCUGAUAGUGUCCUUGGCUUCUCAGUCUGAUCCACCCCUCGUUCCUCCACAGCUCCACCCUCUGGCUUCACAAAAACAAGAUGGCGAUGGCCAAACUGCCAGACUUAAGGCAGUCCACAAACCAAUGGGUGAUGUCACCACAUUUACCUCCAUUAUUUUAAACAGUCCUUGACUAAAACUAGCUUGAGUCAAGUGCAUGCCUUUAUUUCUACUCUGUUUCGACACCUUGUUCAGACUCAGAUAAUAUAACACUUGCGUUGAUGCUAAAAACCUUUUUUCACACAGAAAUCAAUAAGGGAAUCGAUAAAGAAUUGCACUGAUAAGCAGAAUUAUUGAUGGCAUUGCUAUCAGUAGAAUCUUACCAGUUCCCAUGCCUAUACAAAAGAGCCGGAUGUUAACUAGUCCCGAAAGGCUGACACCGAAGGACCUCUAUUUAAUUCAGCAGGAACGUCUCGUUGCUUUUGAUCUAUCAGGGAAAGCUCUUCAAAGUUUCCUCGUAUUAUUGUGUCAAUGCCAUGUAGCAUGACAUUACCGUCACUAUGGCAACAGUCCAGUAGCAUUAAGUCAAACCAGUGCUCAUAACUUGUAACUUAUGAUCACGAUAAAACGCCAUCAAACAGAUGAAACCAAUGUGUUUACAGGAAGUGAUAUCUAGACGAAGAUAAAAUAUCAGUUGACACAUUUUGUUUUUGUUUAUUUGUGAGGUUAUCGUAUAAAUGCAUUUGUUUACAAGCUGUUAAUUUAUUGGAUGUACUAUUUAUUGAUCUUGAGGUUUCUGAAAGGAAUAGCUCUAUCUGACCCAUCUAGUGUCUCUCUAUCUAUCUGGGUUCUUUAUGUGUGUGUGCGUGUGUGUGUGCGUGUGUUUGUGAGAGAGACUGUGCACAUGGCAGCGUAUGUGGCAGUGAAAGCAGAGAUGAGUGUGAGCACAUCGGCGUGUCUGCACAUCCUGCACUUUCACUUAUGUGUGUGUGUAAGUGUAACAAUGAGAUCUGUUCCUCCUCCUCCUCUUCCUCCUCCUCCUCCUCUUUCUCUCUCUGGUGUCAUGUAGCCUGUAGACAUCCCUGUGUCCUACUAUUGCAUAUAGUUCAGUGCCCCUCUAGUGUCAGUCACUGUCCACCUCCUGCAUGUGCUUGUUUGUAAAUACACCAAAUAAAAUGAUCAGUAUAAACCAAA